ACGCUCAAUGCUCCACGACACUCCUCUUGCUUACAUGCGGCCGAGAUAGAGCUGAUUCAAGCUUCUAGAUACCGGCGACGACACGUCGGUGUUGAAAUCACAGUGUAGUGUCGGCUUGAUCAAAUCCAAUAUGCGCCUUUGUGUGGCCCGUCUGCAAAACACUCAAAGUCGAGGUUGGCAUACCGUUUGCAUUUCUCAUUCUUACUAGAUUACCACGUUUUCAAGACAUCCACUCUAUUCUUCGGCAGCAUGACUGUCGCAAUCGAACAACUUGCUCCGAAAGUUGUCAAGGUAGACAAAAGCCAGCCACUUUACCCCGACUACCUUCCCUUCUAUGACCCUUUGGAGAAAGUCGAGCCCGUCGGACCAUUCGAACAUGAUGAACCAGGCCACCGCGCAGACCCAGCCUUUCCCAAUCUGCUGAAAAAUGCCACUACCGCCUUCGAACUAAGCCCUCAUUGCGGCACCGAACUGCAAGGUGUCCAGGUUUCUGAGCUUUCCACCGCCGGUCUUGACGAACUCGCCCUACUGACCGCUCAGCGUGGAUGUGUCGUCUUCCGCGAUCAGAAGUACAUCGACAUCGGCUUCGAUGAGCAGAAACGCAUUGCCUCCCACUUCGGCCCACUACACAAGCAUGGCUGGAUGCCGCAUCCGCAACAAGGACCCGUGGAGUUCGUGAUCGUCUACGACUCGAAAGACGACCUGCGAAUCCGCAGAUCGUGGGCAAGGAAGUCGCCGAUCCAAUUCCAUGUCGAUCAAUCUCCGGAGUCGCAGCCGCCGGGAUUGACCUUCUUCUGCAUGCUCGAGAGCCCACCGGGUGCGGGUGGUGACACCAUCAUAUCGAAUAUGGCCCGCGCGUUUGAGAGACUGUCUCCAUCCUUUCGGAAACGGCUGGAGGGGCUGAAGGCUGUCCAUACCACGGCCAAUCCGAUCCUACGGGAGAUCCGUGACAAUGGCGACAAUGCUGUGCUGAGGCGACCCAUCACGAAGUCAAUACAUCCUGUGGUCACGCUGCAUCCCGUGACGGGGCAAAAGGCACUGUUCGUCAACUCAUCGUAUACUCAAAGUAUCGUCGGCUGGGAUGACGAAGAAUCAGAUUACAUGCUGAAGUUCCUUUUCGAUCACAUCAACCGCGGCCAUGACUUUUCGUGCCGUGUACGGUACGAGCCCGGCACGGUGGUUGUGUGGGAUCAGCGUAUCACGCAACACUCGCAGACGCUCGACUACGCAGCCGGUGACCGCAGACAUGCAUUUCGCUUGACGCCAUUAGCGAAUGUGCCUAUACCGAGCAAGGUCGAGGAGGAUGAUGGCGAGUGUCGCAAAGAUGAGGCUAGGGUCAUGUUGAACUUGUGCUAGCUCAUUCGAUUGUAGCGUCCUUCGAAUCACUUCUUCGCGACUAGAUGCAAUGUCUUUCGGAGAGUCUUGCUUCCACUGCCUCGGUCCAUUGAGGCAUAAUUACCAUUAUGAAAGCUCUGGGGCCAUAUCGUGCAAGCGUCGCGCUGUUGCAUCUGAUG